AUGCUGACCAUGAGGGCAGGGAUGCAGUACACAUUGUGCGUUCAUUCGAUGGCUGCUGGAGUGCUUCCGCGUGGUGUUUCACGCUUGUCUGCUGCGACUGCCACACGCCGCCCUCCACAAACCGCAUUUGCCACACCUCUUGCCAACUCUGGAAUGAUGGCUACUCCAAUUUGCGUCCAGUACCGCGUAUUUCAUCGUUCUUUUUCACUAUGGCUAGAGCUGAAUCCAGCGAGGCAGCUGUAUAGCAUGGAACACGCGUCUGAGGAGUCAAUAUUCCGUUUUAUCUGUGAAGGCAGGGAUAUCGACUACGGAGCAGAAGUUCGGGCUGCCUUGCUUGAGGUAAUUGCAAAGAAACCGUCCAAUUUUGUUGAUAGGACAGAUGAGGCCUGGUAG